AUCGCUCGGAAUCGCUGGUCAAAAGUCGUUCCACCAAUUAAAUAUACACCGUUGCUGGGCAAAAAUUCAACCCCUCUUCUUCUCGCCGACUGAGAGCUUGUGGUUGUUUUGAUGCUGGCAUCUUAACCUGCCUGGUCUCUCAUCGUCCCUCGCCGUUCUCUCCGACGACCCCCGCGAUAGCCAAACCCCGACUCCUCACCUUUACCACCUUUUCCUUUCCUCUUCAUUCUCGCCCCUUUUUUCGCUACUACACUGCAUAUGGGCAACAAUCCUUCCAAGCCAGAUGUCCCGUCGGCAGCGGGGUCUCCGUACGUGACGGGAUCUGGACAUGAGAGGAAGGUGACUCAACAACCUUCCAUCAAUACAUUAUCGGGCACGGCGAAAGCCGCUGCGGCCGACCCCUCUGCCACUAAAGAGACUGCAAUCGGACAUUCGGCUACACAGAACCAGGCAGCUGUUCAGCAGCAUCUCCAAUCCAGUCAACCUACGGAGCCCUCCGCGCGUACGCUAGACCAGCCCGACUAUCAAGAUGCGAAGAUUCCAGACCCUGAGCCCAGGGGCAUCCCUACUCCCGAUACCUCCAACCCUGUUCAAGUUCCGAAUCAGCGCAUGAGGCGCGACACUCUUCCGCCCGGUAUGGCGCCGCAAAGUUACUACAAUGCCUCUGCCCAUCUUCAACGUCCGCCCAGAAUGCCUUUGCCGAUUGGGGAUGCGACAGCGACACCAGGCUCUCCACUCCUUGGUCCCGAAGAUUCGCAUAUCGGAGAGGAUGUGGCUCAGGAUCGUUUCGUGGAUGAGCAAGCGGGACAUGAACAAUCCAGUGUUCCAGUUGAUGAAGAUGAAGGAGCAGAGGAUCUUGCACCAUACACUCCAAGUGGUGUAGGGAAAGCUGUCCCGACCACCAUCGAAUGGGCCUCCCAUGGCGAUAAAGUUUAUGUGACCGGAACAUUUGUCAAUUGGGAGAAAAAGUUCCGUUUACAUAGAAGGGUUGACAGUAGCGGAGGCACCACCAUGGCCACGACUCUGAAUCUUCGUCCUGGAACACAUCAUCUAAAGUUCAUUGUGGACGGUGAAAUGCGAGCCUCGGACAGUUUGCCUACGGCGGUAGACUUUACGAAUCACUUGGUCAACUACAUUGAGGUCAGUUCGGAUGAUUCUAGACGAUCGCGCAAAGCGAGCGUUGUGGCUCCCUCGGGUGUUCGUGCCCCGCAGGUUGUCCCAGAGCUCCUUGGAACCCAUGAUGAAGAGGGCCAGGUGGAAGAUACCGAGAUUGAUGAGCCAGAAGAGAUUCCGCUUGGGGAUUUCCGUAACAUAAUACCCCAAUAUCUGGUUGACCUAGACAAAGAGGAAGAGGUCCCGGCCUAUCAACAGGCCGCAAAUGUUAUUGGCGAUGCACCUACGCCCCCAAGUCUUCCUUUGUUCCUGGGCAAGUCUAUAUUGAACGGCACCACACCGAUGAAGGAUGACAGCAGCGUUCUGAACUAUCCCAACCACACUGUUCUGAAUCACCUUGCUACAAGUAGCAUAAAGAAUGGUGUGCUGGCUACUAGUGUAACAACUCGGUACAAACGGAAGUAUGUUACAACAAUCCUGUACAAGCCGGCUGGAGAUCCCUCGGGUUAGUUGUUACACGGAUGUAUGAUGCAACAGUAUAUUUCGUCAUCAGUUUAGCAGUCGAGAAUUUCAUCAUGCACGCCAUUGGACACUGUUUAUGACUACCUCAACGGGAAGCGGCGCUUGAUGGAUUUCAUGCUUGUACACUUCUGUCAUCAAACCAUACUACAUGGAACAUAACAACGCUUGUUCGAUUAUAAUCAUUGAUGAUGGGACGUCAUUAUUGAAAUGCAUAUACACAUGAUGUCACGGCCUUCAAUCCCACGUUUUGCACAUUCGGUUACAACUUGGAUCAGGUAGAUUCGGUAUGUGGUUAUGGAAUAAAAAUCCUUGUUUAUUGUGUUUACGGCGUUUUUCUCGGUUCAUUCUAUACGUUUGAUGUUGCAA